GACCUGCAGCUGUUAUGAAUAUUUUGCUUUGAUGUAGGAUGACACAGGGGUACCUGUGUCAAACGGAUGUCAGGUGGUCUAAUCUGUAACUGAAAAGAUUCAGGUGCACAUGCUAGUUUGCAUUAUGCAGUGUUCUCCCUGGUGGUUCUGAGAAAAGGGGAAGGAAAACUCGAACUCAGCUGAACUUAACAAACAAAGAGCACAUUCAUAUAUCAUCAUCAUAUGUUAGGGAUCGAGGCAGAUGACAGUGGUUCUGAAGAUGAGCUACCCAGGAUACCCUCCUCAAUCCGGUGGAUACCCACCACAGGCAGGGGGCUACCCACCUCAACCAGGAGCAUAUCCACCCCAAGCAGGCGGCUACCCUCCUGCAGCAGGUGGCUACCCACCAGCAGCAGGCGGCUACCCUCCGGCAGCGGGCGGCUACCCCCCGCAGGCAGGUGGAUACCCCCCCCAAGCUGGUGGUUACCCUCCCGCAGCGGGCGGUUACCCUCCAGCAGCAGGGGGCUACCCUCCCCAGGCAGGUGGCUACCCUGCCCCAGCUGGAGGCUUCCCUCCUCAGGCAGGAGGAUACCCACCACAGCCUGGAGCAGGAGGCUAUCCUUCCAUGCCUCCAUCAGGUGGAGGCUGGGGUGCAGCUCCAGGCGGUCAUGGCGCGCCAGGAGGAGCUCAGCAGGGGUACCCAGGAGGCCCUGCCCCAGGCCAACCCAUGCCAAAUUACCCUGGUGCCCCAGCGACUAACCCAUCAAUGCCUGGAUAUGGAAGUGGAGUUCCAUCCAACCCUCAAGCACCUGUCAUUUCUAAAGGGUACAGGGGUUCUAUUAAAGACUUUCCAGGAGCUGAUCCACUGAGGGAUGUUGAAGUGCUUCGAAAGGCUAUGAAGGGUUUUGGCACUGAUGAAAAUGCCAUUAUUGAACUUCUGGGAAAUCGUACCAACAAGCAGAGGGUUCCAAUGGUGGCUGCCUUCAAAACUACUUAUGGAAAGGAUUUAAUCCAUGAUCUGAAGUCUGAGCUCACUGGAAACUUUGAGAAGCUGGUUCUUGCCAUGAUGAUGAGCCCUGCGCAGUUUGAUGCAUCUGAACUCAGAGAAGCUAUAAAGGGUGCAGGAACUGAUGAAGCUUGUCUGAUUGAGAUUCUUUCAUCACGCUCCAAUGCAGAGAUUCACGAAAUCACCAGAAUCUACAAAGCUGAGUAUGGGAAGAGCCUGGAGGACGCCAUCAGCAGCGACACCUCCGGUCACUUCCGCAGACUCCUGGUCUCUCUCUGUCAGGGAAAUCGCGAUGAAAGGGAGACCGUUGAUAUCUCUCUGGCCAAACAAGACGCUCAGAAACUGUAUGCUGCUGGAGAAAAUAAAGUGGGAACUGAUGAGUCUCAGUUUAAUGCCAUUCUGUGUGCUCGCAGCAAGCCUCACCUUCGAGCAGUCUUCCAGGAGUAUCAGCAGAUGUGUGGGAGAGAACUUGAGAAGAGUAUCUGCAGGGAAAUGUCUGGCAAUGUGGAGGAUGGCAUGGUGGCUGUGGUGAAAUGCAUCAAGAACACCCCUGCCUACUUUGCAGAGAGGCUCCACAAGGCCAUGCAGGGUGCAGGGACCAAGGACAGAACCCUCAUCCGUAUCAUGGUGUCCCGCUCUGAGAUUGAUAUGUUAGACAUCAGACAGGUGUAUGUGAAGACCUACGGAAAAUCCCUGUACACUCAUAUCUCAGGUGAUACCUCUGGGGAUUACAAGAAGCUGCUGUUGAAGCUGUGCGGGGGCAACGACUGAAGAGAAAAGAACGUAACCUCUCCUACGGGCAAUAUAUAUGGCCACACUGAAACAAUGUUAUAGGACCUUGUAUCACCUCUGAUGCAUGCAGUUAAUGUUAGUUUUCCAGUAACAACAGUAAAUCAAUAUUAGUUUUGUAUUCUUUUCAGUGACACGAUAGAUUUUUUUUUUUUGCUACUGUAUGAUUGCCAAAUAGUAAAUAUAUGUAUUAAUAUGAAGAUUUUUAAAAUACAGUCGAUAGAUUUAUCAUUAUUGGAUAGGAUUAUGGGAGGUGGAGGUCUAAAGCAAAAGUGGGUGCCUGAACAUUUCAUACUUACUCAUACAAAAAAAUAACUAUAUCGUUCUAACUAUAUAAUACAGUAGUCCAUCAAACUGUUAAACUUAAAGUCUGAUUCAGUUUGUAAUUAGGUUUUCAGUUUGUAACUAACCAUUUUUUACUGAUGCUUGAACAUCUAUGCAAAUUAGCUUUUCACUGUAUAUUCUUUAUAUCAGCUUUGCAAAACCCUUCUAUUUUGGCCUUGAAAUGUAAACCUCUCCAAUCAUUGUUCGACAUUUGCAGACGGUGUUGCCUUUCACUGAACGUUGAAAAGCCAAAGCCUAAAGACAGAUCAUUUUGUUCCUUUUGUCAGGGCUCCUGUCUUGUUUAGAGUUAGUCAGUGUUUCUCUGUGCAGUUAUCUCUCAAACAAUCCAUAAUCAUACUUGUAUUGCUGCAGAAAUGAAAUCCAUACAUUGUUUGGUUUUCAAUAAUUUUUUUACAUUUUUUUUUCACAAUGUCCCUUACUGGUUGGUAUGUUAUACUGCCAGUAGAGGGCACAUGAGGUGCCAUUUCUGUAUGUUUGUUUUGCCUGCUGAGUUUGAGUUUGGAAUCAAACAGAAUAUCUAUUGCACUAAAUCUACUUUGCAAUCAUCCUUAUAACAUGAUAAUGAUUGAAAUUGAAUGGAUGACUUUUUAGUUUUCUAACAUUUUGCCAUUUCAUAGUUCGAGUGUCUCCAUAGACCAACGAACAGCCACUUCUUAUUUCAAUAAAAACAUUUUGGUAUAUCGGUA